GCGGAAGUGCUGUGCAGGUGCCACCAUGGCGGCCCCGGGGGCGGCGGAUGGGGGAGGCUCCGGAGACUCCGCGGGGCCCGCGACGGUGUCCCGCAAGGUGAAGUACGCCAGCCUGGGCGUGCUGGUGCUGCAGAACGCGUCGCUGGUGCUCAGCAUCCGCUACGUGCGCACCCUGCCCGGGGAGCGCUUCCUGCCCACCACGGCCGUGGUGAUGGCCGAGGCCAUGAAGGGCAGCGCCUGCCUGCUGCUGCUGCUCAUCCAGCACCGGGGCAGCGUCCGGCAGACGGCGGUGACGCUGCACGAGGCCGUGGUGGGACAGUUUGGGGACACGCUGCGCCUGGCCGUCCCCUCCCUCAUCUACACCCUGCAGAACAACCUGCAGUACGUGGCCAUCUCCAACCUGCCCGCCGCCACCUUCCAGGUGACGUACCACUUGAAGAUCCUGACCACGGCGCUGUUCUCGGUGCUGCUGCUGGGCACGGCGCUGUCGCGGCUGCAGUGGCUGUCGCUGGCGCUGCUGUUCGCGGGGGGUGGCGCUGGUGCAGGCGGAGCAGGCUCGGGCCGUGCCGGGCGCCGGGGGCGCUGCCGCCGUCCGCAGGCCCCGAGGGGCCGCCGCAGAGCUACGCCGUGGGGCUGGGCGGCCGUGGCCGCCUCCUGCCUGUCCUCGGGCUUCGCCGGCGUCUACUUCGAGCGGCUGCUGAAGCGCUCGGGCGGCUCCAUCUGGCUGCGCAACGUGCAGCUGGGGCGCCGUGGGCGGCCGUGGGGGCUGGGCGCCAUGCUGGCCGCCGAGGGCCCCGCCGUGGCCGCGCUCGGCUUCUUCUACGGCUACAACGGCGCCGUGUGGGCCGUGGUGGUGAACCAGGCGGCCGGCGGGCUGCUGGUGGCCGUGGUGGUGCGCUACGCCGACAACAUCCUCAAGGGCUUCGCCACGGCGCUCUCCAUCCUGGCCUCCACGGCCGCCUCGGCGCACCUGUUCGGCUUCCGGCCGCGCGCGCCCUUCCUGGCCGGCACCGGCCAUGGUGCUCGCCGCCGUCGUGCUCUACGGGCGGCCCCGGGCGCAGCCCGCCGCCCGCGGGCAGGACCCCGGCAAGUCUCCCAGCAAGGCCAAGGGCACCUGAUGGCACCGAGCGACCCCGGGCCCUAUAGAGCAACCCCUGGGGCGCUAUAG